AUGGCCUCUUCAGGAGAUCUUACGGAUCGCGAAGCACUCAGUGCCCGGUCUAUCCCAUCGAUGAUCCUCAGCGACGGCAGCUCCGCUUCGAUGACCCCGCACCCAACUUCAAGUUUUGAGACAGAUCCUGCAGUGGGUGCACAAAAGAGAUUCGCCGUGCAAGGAAAUGCUGUCGUGGCAGGAGGCACCGGUACUCUCGGUCUACAAUCAUGCGAUGCUCUGCUCGAACAUGGUCUUCAAGGCCUAAUGAUAUUCGACGUCAAUCCUGCAAGUAGCGAGCAGGAAAUCGCACGACUGAGAUCUAAAUACCCCGAUCGAAUGAUCUGUACCCACACCGUGGACGUCACAUUGGAAGAUGCCGUUCAAGCCGGCAUAGAAGAAACGGUACGCCGGCUCGGCUCGGUCGAUAUCCUGGUGUGCUUUGUCGGCGUCGUGGGCUGCGUGGACGCGCUGGAGAUGCCCGUCUCGCAAUGGCGAAAGAUCAUCGACGUGAAUACCACAGGCUCUUUUAUCUGCGCUCAGGCAGCGGCUCGGCAGAUGGUCAAGCAAGGGCGAGGAGGCUCCAUAACCUUCAUCGCAUCGAUCUCUGCCCAUCGCGUCAAUUACCCGCAGCCUCAAGUAGCUUACAAUGUUAGUAAAGCAGCACUACUGAUGUUGAAGAGCUCCUUGGCCGCCGAGUGGGCGCGAUACGGAAUUAGGACCAACAGUGUGAGCCCAGGAUACAUGGACACCAUUCUGAAUGAAGGGGAGGGUCUCAACACCCACAGGCGGAUCUGGGCCGAGCGCAAUCCCAGUGGGAGAAUGGGAUCUCCAUCUGAGCUGACAGGCGCCAUUGUUCUUCUCGCGAGCUCUGCUGGCUCAUACAUGAACGGUACUGACAUUGUUGUUGAUGGUGGAGCAACUGUAUUCUAG